GCGCUGGGAGCGUUGGAGGCUCCGCGGCCCCGCUCACAUCUGGCUGGGGUUUGCUCUUUACGAGCCCGUCCCGCUUUCUUCGUCUCUUCCUUGACUUUCGAGAAACCGCGCUUCCGCUUCUGGCCAGAGGGCCCUCGGAUCGGAGGAGGUCAAGGUGCCGGGAAGGCAGGGACCCGAGGCUGGCGCCCGCGCCCCUUGCUGCACCUUCUUCCCGGAGGACCUCCCCCCCGCCCCCCCCCCCCCCCCCCCGCUCUCCCCCGACAAGGCUGUUCUUCCCCGACCUGGCUGGGAGGAGGCCCCGCCGGGAGAUGCUCUGAGCCCGGGACAGAGAGGCCCCGCAGGACGCCGUGGAGCCCCGCCCUGAGCCAGACAGAGAUUUGAACACCCUGGCCCCAGGCCCCCCGCAAGACGUGCAGGAUCCUGGAGCCCUGUUUGUGCAUUGGCUCUGCUGAAAGCAGGGCGCGGCGCGAGGAUGGGCUCCGGGGCGCCGACACUCGUGCUGGCCUGCUGCGUGCUGCUGACCUUUGCCUGCGGCGCGGGGCUGGGCCGGGCGCCACGCGGCGCGCAGGAGCUGCGGGAGCAGGAGGGGACCAAGGAGCCACCGCUGGACCACACGGAGCGAGAUGAAGAAAACCAUGAAAAAUACAGCCCCAGGCGGGGCGAGGAGGCCUCUGCUUCCCGGUGCUUUCGCUGCUGUGACCCUGGCACCCCCGUGUACCAGGCCAUCCCGGUGCCACAGAUCAACAUCACCAUCCUGAAAGGUGAGAAAGGUGACCGGGGAGACCGCGGCUUACAAGGGAAAUACGGCAAGACGGGCUCCGUGGGUGCCAGGGGCCACGUGGGCCCCAAGGGGCAGAAGGGGUCCAUGGGGGCCCCCGGGGACCGCUGCAAGAACCACUACGCUGCCUUCUCGGUGGGCCGCAAGAAGCCUCUGCACAGCAACGACUACUACCAGACGGUGAUCUUCGACACGGAGUUUGUGAAUCUCUACGGCCACUUCAACAUGUUCAUGGGCAAGUUCUACUGCUAUGUGCCGGGCAUCUACUUCUUCAGCCUCAACGUGCACACCUGGAACCAGAAGGAGACCUACCUGCACAUCAUGAAGAACAGGGAGGAGGUGGUGAUCCUCUAUGCCCAGGUGAGCGACCGCAGCAUCAUGCAGAGCCAGAGCCUGAUGCUCGAGCUGCAGGACCAGGACGAGGUCUGGGUGCGCCUCUUCAAGGGCGAGCGGGAGAAUGCCAUCUUCAGUGACGAGUUCGACACCUACAUCACCUUCAGCGGCUACCUGGUCAAGCACGCUGCAGAGCCCUAGCCCGCCUGGCCCCGCAGCCCCACGCCGGUCUCGCUGCAGCCCCUCCCCAGCCUGGCCCCCUUGCCCUGCCGCCCCAGCUUCGGCCUUCAACACGACGCCCUUCAUGGAAGGGGAAUCAAGAGCAGCUGCGCUUGCCGGCCACAUGGGCUCCUGGGUGGGCUCGGCGGGCAGCCACCUGAGAUGACGGGGCCUCCAGCUCCCCUCUGUGCACAUAUCCUUGGGCCACCCCACCGGUGUGCCACCGUAUGGCAGGGCAACCCAGAGCCAUCCUUGCUCCCGUGGCUGGAAAUGAUUAGGGAAAUUCUAAAGUAUGUGAAGGGAGCAAAGUAAGCCCUGUGGCUCCCCCUGGGAGGCUGUUCUCACAUGAGCUUGCAUGUUCAAGAAGACCUGAAGUGGACGCUGUGGGCCAUGAGGAAAGGAUGGAGGGCGUGGGGACCCUCUUAGGCCAAGUAUGAGCCUUCUUGGGCAACAGCUGGACUGACAUCCACAUCCUGGAGAUAUCAUGGCCUUGCCCACGGGUUCUGCUGGUCUUUCCACUGAGCCACAACAGUGAGGGGGUUCGGGUUCAGGUAGCGAAUGUCAGCUCUCAGCAACGCAGCCAAGCCCUCAGCCCUGGUCUCUGGGCUGAGAGAAGCAGCCUCAGCCUGCUUGUUGGAACCCAUAGACUCCUGACAGCAGCUGGGGACCUCAGGAGCCCCUGGGUCUGCAAAUGUUUCUAUGAGAAGCAGAGCUUACCCUGACCAAGGCAGAGCCAUCCAUCCUGGCACGGCUCUGCUCGACUCCCCCAUACUGUCCAGGAGCCCUGGGCAGGGCCUUCACACCUGUCACCUUGGCAUUGGUUUGCUGUUCCUCCUCCCAGACGGGUCAGCCACAGAAGGCUUGAGGCCUUCGUUUUGUAGCAGGGUCAUGGUUAUAUAAUAUUUUCUACAAAAUCUCCUUGCACACCAUCACAGAGUCCUGUUUCCCAGAGGCUUCAACACUCAGCAGCCCCCGUGCUCUCCCCCAGGCCUCUUUGACCAGCAGCCUAAGACAACACCGGAAGGGCUUCCUCUAGGCCCCAGAGUAGGGCAGAGCCGGAAGGGGCCGGAAGGCUCCCCCAUCUACCUGGGGCUCCCCGUGGGGCACCAUCCCUCUGACCAGGAGAGAAGGCAUGUCUCAAUCACUGGAGUGAGAACCCUCUCUCUCUGGGGUGGGUGUAGAUGGCGCCCAAAGUGGCUGCUGCCUGGAAUUGGUGCUCUGGCCUGUGGCUGGCUUUGGCCCGGUGGCCCUUCUCUGCCUUUCUACACUAAUGCCCAAGGCUUGGGUACCUCUCCUACCUGCUCAGGCCCUUAAACCCCUAUAGGAACCUUCCUUCCUACUGCCUGGUGACCCUUGGUCUUGACCCAUUCGUCCACUCUCCCUGGGCCUGGUCCCCGGGUCUGGGGUCUGUACAUCCUUCCCUCUGAAGGGCUUCUGCUGGUCAGAUUUGAAAAAUGGUGUUUCCGUGGGCGUGCUGGUGCGCAGGGCGCCCGCCUGCUGCUUUGUGCUGUCCCGAUGCUCUUUCAGAAAACAUUAAACUUGGAACCAUGUGUCUUAGCA